AUGGACGAGUUCCCGUUCUACGGCAAAACCUGCGACGGUCGUGAUCGCGUAGGCGACUGGAGCAUGUUUCUGGUGCCGGAGCACGAGCGACAGAUUGCGUACCGCGAAAAGCGGCGGGUCCCAGACCAGCAGGACUUUGAGCGGCGAUUCCAGCAGGAGAACCAGCGCAUCACGUACGGGCACGUCGACUACAAGGGCUACUUCAUCUCGGUCGAGCGGACCAUCCGGGACCCCGCAGCCAAGAAGAUGCCGACUGGAAAAUACGACCUCAUCGUCGAGCGUCGCACCGAGGACGGCAUCAUUGGUAAAGCCGUCUCGGUCUGCGCCAUGGUCGACCUCUGGGCAGCCGCCGGCGUGCCCAUGUGGCACAUCAACCAGCUGAUACGCGGCGAGGCCGUCACAGACUUUGGUGAGCCCACGAACCGUGCUCCCUUUGGACCGCCUCCUACCGAGAAGGCUCCCGAGAGCGACGCCUCUAAGAAGAGGCCCAUGACCAACUUGGCCGACCUCGGCCGGCCCAUCAUGAUCAAGUCUCUCCUGCUUCGAGCUCGCGCGGACAGGGCCAACUCCAACAAGCCCUCGACCAUCCCGCCCAAGGAGGAUGUGGAAACGCUGAUCUCGAAUUUUAUUCCCGAUGGCGGCCCGAUGGCGCGCCGUGUAACCAGAAGACGCUCGAACUGA